CUCUACGAUCAACAAUCAUGGAGGGAGGCGAGUGUGUUAGCGCAAUUAAGAACAGGUAUAUCGAGACUGAAUUCAUACCUUUACCACAUCAACGCAGCACCAUCGGACAGAUGCGACUGUGGGCAAGCAAGAGAGACUGUUGAGCACUUUCUGUUCCGGUGCCGAAAAUGGAUGAACUACCGCACAGGGAUGCUUGAAUGUACCUAUACGCAGAUGGGAAAUAUCUCUUUCUACCUUGGAGGAAAAUCGCGUUCUGACGACCAAAAAUGGAUACCAAACUUGAGAGCUAUUCGAGCGACGAUCCGGUUUGCGUUGGCUACGGGCCGCCUGGAUGUAAGCUAG